AGCGCCUCGCGCAGGCCAACUCUUCCCAUUCUCGAAUCGUAAUACAUGUAUAUGUACAUGCAUAUAUGCCUGUAUACCCACAAACACAUGGAGAUUCAUCAACAGCAAUAGUGGGACAUAUAUAGGUCCGUGAGUAUUAUAUUCCUCUUCUGCCCCGGUGGUGUGUUCCGUUCUCUGUUUUGUGCAACCAUCCGUCGUCUUGGUCGUUCUCUUGCAGUGCGGUGUGUAACAAACUGUGCGUGGCCGUGUAUAAAUGUAAAAGUACUUUGUGUACUCGAGUGCUUCGAAGUGCUUGUAUUAUACACGCACACCAUUUUCGUAUGCUCACGCGCGCAAACACCAUCAUAGAGGCCAAAGCAACAGCUCAACCUCGCAACGUCCGUUCGGAAGCUGAUGCCGAAUACUUCACCAGGUUAUUGCCGUCAACGUCGAUGACUCCAACUACACAGCCGGCAGAGUAAGUAUUGCUAGUGAGCUAGCAAUGAGUGAGUCAGAAUAAAAAAAAAAAAGAGGGAGCAAGAGAGAGAGACGUGUCAGUGUAUUGUUGUGUGCAUUGUGUUACUAUUAUGCUGUUGGCUGGGAGCGAGAAGAAGAGGGAAGAUCCAAGAAACAGCACAUAACAGGCGCGCGCGUUGCGUUCAGCACUGUCUAUGUAUCUGUGUAUCAUACCUAUGCAUGCUUGUAUCUGUGUGUGUUAUGUUGGAGCGUUAAGAUUAAAAUAGAGCUAACGCGUGUUUUUUAAAUUCAUCAGCGAGUGAUUAAUGUGACAAAAGAAUUGUAUUGUCGAGAUUGUCGGUAGCUCUAACCUACCUACCUGCAAAGUGCGCCGAAAACUUGUUAGUGACAGUAUAAAGCCUAGUGUCUUUGUGUUGUUUUAUUUUUGUUGUGCAAUUGAACGAACACCCGAAGAAGAAACAAAAAAGGUGAACACACUGCACCAGAGUGUGAACUUUUCGUAGUGAGAAGAACAGCAGCAGUUCCUCCUCGCAGAGAGAAGAAUAAACGCCGCCGAGACGAGGGACUACACGGCGACCCACGUCAGCUCGACCUGUGGUGCACCCACGUCGACGUCAUCCUGACCUGCCAGAGAAAUCCUCAUGAAAGACUGGGAACUCAGUACUCAGAAUAGCAUCGGCAGUGCGGUGGCUGCAGCCGACACCAUUUCCUCACCGUGGACACCCGCAAGUUCCGGGCCGCCGCCCGACGCCAACGGCAGCUCGGAUACGAAAAAUCUCGACGUUGGCGACAUCAGCGAUGACGAAAAGGACAUAUCGGCGGCGGAUGCCGAGGGCGUGUGGUCGCCGGACAUCGAGCAGAGCUUCCAGGAAGCACUCACCAUAUAUCCGCCAUGCGGUCGUCGCAAAAUCAUCCUCUCCGACGAGGGAAAGAUGUACGGCCGCAACGAGCUCAUCGCCCGGUACAUCAAGCUGAGGACCGGCAAGACGAGAACGCGGAAGCAGGUCUCAUCACACAUACAGGUCCUCGCGAGAAGAAAACUCCGAGAGAUCCAGGCGAAGCUCAAAGUGGACCACAUGACUAAGGAGAAGACGCUCCAGACAAUAUCAUGUAUGUCGAGUGCUCAGAUAGUGUCGACCGGCAGCGCGAUACACAACAAGAUGCCCCCUGCCCUGGUAGGGCCCCUAGCCCUUCACGCUUCCACCCCCGUCUCCUAUCCCGGAUCGCAAUUCUGGCAGCCGGGCCUGCAGCCGGGCACGUCCCAGGAUGUCAAGCCAUUUCCACAGACGGCCUACGCCGGGGGCAAGCCGGCGACGGCCGUGUCGAGCAGCGAGAUGGUCCAUACGCAGCCGCCGCCCCCCUGGGAAGGCAGGGCCAUUGCGACGCACAAGCUCAGGCUCGUCGAGUUCUCCGCCUUCAUGGAACAACAGCGCGACCAGGACAACUACCAGAGGCACCUGUUCGUCCACAUAGGAGGCUCGGCGACCUACAGCGAUCCGCUCCUCGAGGCGGUCGAUGUCAAACAGAUAUACGACAAAUUCCCGGAGAAGAAGGGCGGCCUCAAGGAGCUCUACGACAAGGGCCCCCAGGCAGCCUUCUUCCUCGUCAAGUUCUGGGCAGAUCUCAACAGUAACAUCCAGGACGAGGCCGGGGCAUUUUACGGAGUGACGAGCCAGUACGAGAGCAACGAGAACAUGACGAUAACGUGUUCGACGAAGGUCUGCUCGUUCGGCAAGCAGGUGGUCGAAAAGGUCGAGACGGAGUACGCCAGGUUCGAGAACGGAAGGUUCGUGUAUCGCAUCAGUCGCUCGCCCAUGUGCGAGUACAUGAUCAACUUCAUUCACAAGCUCAAGCACCUGCCCGAAAAGUACAUGAUGAACAGCGUACUCGAAAAUUUCACCAUACUGCAGGUCGUGACGAACAGAGACACGCAGGAGACGCUGCUCUGUACGGCGUACGUCUUCGAGGUCUCGACGUCGGAGCACGGUGCCCAGCAUCACAUAUACAGACUCGUCCAGGAGCCAUAGCCUGCUGCUUGAUCACGACAAUUAUGAAGAUGAAGAUACGAUGAUAAUGAUGAUGAUACGAUGAUUAUAUGAUGAUUAUGAUGAUAAAGAUUAUUCUGCUCGCUGUGCAGCCAUCCACCCCCCAUCAGUGCCUAUCACAACACACUUAUGUCAUCUCUGUACUGUUACUGUAUAACACAACACACACACACACACACACACACACACAUCGACACAAAGAUAGAUCUAGAACACGAGGUCCAUUGAACAUCAUAAACGUGCUACAUGAGGUCUUGACACUAGAAGCACGCCAAAAUUUUUACACUUACCCAUCACGUACACGCGCACGCAUGCAUAUAUACGAACUACGUAAGAUAAAGAUGUAAGAAGCGUAUAUUGUAAUUGAUACAUGAGGGUUGUGUGUUUAGCUAAAUCUAUAGAAAAAGAGACUUACAAGAGACAGGGAGAAAAAGAGAGAAAGAGAGAGAUAUGAAUUUUCUUUUUUUUUUUUUUUGUAUUGUUUUAUGGCUAAAAACAGUUUCUGUCCAGCGUGAAUGGAAGCUAGAAUAAAAAAAUAAAAAUAAAUAAAAAAAUAAAUAAAAAAAAAAGAGAGAGAGAAAGAUAAAUAUUGCGAAUGAAUAAAAUAGUAAAAGAGAUAUAGGUAUAUGCUUACACGCACACGUAACGCAAACACGUAUUGACACCAGUGUGUGCCGGCCAAUCCGCAGAUCCGAGAUUCUAUUGUAAAUGAAAAAAAAAGAAAAAAAAAUCAAGAAAGAAAAUUGGUUUUUCUUCAGUAGAUAAAUGCGAGUAUAGUGUUACUUGCGUGAUUUAUCAUUUGUGUAAAAACAACUUUAUCCGAAUCGAAACAGUGAUGUAUGGAAAACCUUUGACAAUAAAAAAUAUUAAUAAUAAUAAUAAUAAUAAUAAUAAUGGUAAAGUUGACGCGUGUGUUUUUCGUUUUAUUCAUUGCAGGCCAACUUUGAAACAGUAAAAUGUGCAAGAAAGGCACAACGCUGUAAUAGGUGUUCUCUCGGUCGCUGAACAUAUUCCAUUGUGUUACAACUUUUUAGGUCUCUUAUGCUUUUAGAGUCAAACAACGAGGCCUAAAAUUGAUUUGAUAAAAAAAAUGAAGUUGUAAAGUCUAUAAAAAAUAUCUAAUACAUGUUGUGCCAUUUUUGUACGUGCUACUUUUUAUAUGGUGCUGUGUUAUUUGUCUUUGCAAAAAAAAAUGAGAUUUCUUUGUAAAAAGUAAAAAAAAAGAAAAAUCAAAGAUAAAGUAAUUAAAUAUAAAUAAUACGGCAAAAUUUAUCUCGGAGCUGCUUGGCGUGAACAUGACUUUAGUAUUUUAUUUUACACUUGAAAAUAAACAUGGAAAAAUAAAAAUAAUGAGACAAGACACAGAAACACUCAAGUAUAUACAUAUAUCACACAUAGGGUUAUAUGUAUAUGUUAAAUAUUAAGGCAAUGAUUACGAUUCACAUUGUUACGCAUGAUUGUGUAUAAAAGAUGUUUUAAGUUAACAAACAAAUCGAGAGAGAAAACGCUCAAGAGAUGCCAUUUGCGAAUGUUUAUUUAGGAUUCUUUUCUUUUUUUUUUUUUUUUUUUUUUUUAAGAUAAACUCAUGGCUCAAUACUUUUUGCUCUUUCUUAUCUUUUUGCAAUCAAUCAACGUCACAUAUCGCAAAGUUGAAAAACAGUACAUGGCAAAGGAGCCUUCACUUUCUACACGGCUUUUAUCAUUGUAAGAAAGAUAUUAAGCAGCAAAAAAAGCAUGCUUCGUUCAAUUGUGUGUACAAAAGAGAACUCAUGCAUCUCGGGUCAGAGAGAAAAAAAGGAGCUUUUGGUUGACAAGUAGCUACAUUUUUUUUGUCACACAUGUUUUUAAUUUUCUUUUGUUUAGACGAAUUUUACCUACUACAUACUACACAACAAUUUACGUGCGAUCCCACCCACUUUUUAGGCAUCGAUGCUUAGUUUUUAGGGAGAUGUGUUUGUAUUUAUUAUAAUCACCUUUGUACUUUUUAAGGCUCCUUCUAUUUUCUAUAGUUCUUAAUACAUCGAUGAAUUUCUUACUUUAGCGAACAAUUUGUUUUUACUUUUUAUUACGUUUACAAGAGAAUAUUCAAUACCGUGCUGCACAAUACACCUAUACAUACUUUACUUUUCCCCUCCCGCCCUUUUCCUUUUGCAACUAUUUUACCGACUGUAUUUUUGCGUUACAAGAAAAAAAGCCGUUGCUUUGUACAUUCAACCUUUUCGUACUUAAAUGAGUGAAAAGCUGGGAAAAGACUUCUAGUUGACACUUCUUCUUCGAAAUGAACUUAAAUUUUAUUCGACAGUAAAGUAAAACAUUAAAUCGCUCUUCUCUUUUUUACGACCAACAUAUGUACACAAAUUUUUUUUUUUUUAUCCACGUUCUUUUUCUCAGCAUCUUUUUUCGCAACAGAACUUGCCUAUCAAGCAUUGAAGAAAAAAAAA